UUCUGAGUCUAUGGGAAUGAUUGUGUGCUCAUCACCUGCGGUUGUGUAUAAAAGCUACUUGGUUUGAGCGGAGAUUGCACAGAGCAUAUCGCACUUUUGAGCGGCAGGCACGUAACUUCAAGUAGAGUCCUCAGGGGUUGAUUUUGGAGGAUCCUUCAGGCAACAGACUCGUAUUGAUCAGACUCCUGCCUCACUAUUUGCAGCUACUACCGCGUCAAUCUGAUUGUAUCACAAUACCGACAGGGGAACACUUUCUGUAACUGAAGAUAAGCGAAAUGGAGCGGCGACUCUUUCUAGGCUGGCCCGCCAUCUUGGUUCUCCUCGUGCCUUUGCUCUUCGAGCUGCCGCGGCAGUCGUCGGGGGCGCCAUUCAACUACGCGGCCCACUGCCGCGACAUGGACAGCGGCACAAACUCACUGUUCAUCUACACGGUGCGCGAGUACCAGGACCGGGUGGCCGACACGUACAGCCGGCACUACGGAACGGAGCUCACGCCGCCCCACGGCGUCAACCGACUGGUACGGAUGUUCUACCGGCUCCGGGAGGUGCGAGAUGAGGCCCAAGACAUCGAUCAACUAGUCAGUGAGGUGGAAGACACUUUCCUGCUGAGAUUGGAGAGACUAGAGCGGGAUUGUAAGAGACAGAUUCACGGCUAGGCCGAAGCAAAAAUAUACAUAUAACGAUACAACCACUGGCGGGUCAGGAGUCUGUAAAAAAGGGGUUGGACUUAUCAGAAUCUUAAGUUCAAGAUCUCUGGAAGAUUUGGGUUGAGGCCGGGAAUUUAAGUCAAUUCUAUUCCCAGGUAGUUUUGUACUCAAUUGGGUUCAUGCUCAGGUCUGCUGGGAAAUGUAGGCGCCUUCACCGAUUAAUGCACUUUUUAAAGGCUGGUUUUGGCAAGGCGCUAGGUGGGGAGGGGAGGGGGCUUCGUCCCGCCCCUCCUGAUCCGCCACUGAUAAGCCGCGCCAUUGACAAGAACUUAUGAUUUCCCAGCGUACUUGGGAUCAUGGCAGAAUUCCUCGCCAAAAUCGAUGGACUCGAGAUAAUUGAUGAAUACUUGAAGAGUUUAUUUCCAGAACGCAAUAUAGGCUAUCUGUUUAAAAAAGUGAAAAUUGUGCACGGUUAUCGCACUUUUAAAGAAUUAAGACAUUAUAAUAGCUGUUUCUAAACUUUAUUCUUCGCCUUAUUGCAUUCUCAAAUUGUAUUUAACUGUCAAAUAGCUGCCGCAUUUGACUUUGGGAAGCCCAGGGAGAGACCUGGAUUCUAAAAUGUCAACAAAAUGACGUUUAUUGCGUUUUCAAAAUAUACUCUUCAUUUUACGGUGCUGAAACAUCAUUGCUUAUUAUUAAAUGUGCAGCCAGAAAAAAACGAAAAUCGAUAAUAAUUUGUUAUAUAUUAUUUCUCUGUCUGCUCUAAAGGGUUCAGUUAAAAGCCAGUUUACCGGUUGUUUCAGAAAAAAAAGACUUGUUAGUUUUAUGUAGGAUACCACGCCGAGCUCUUAGGCUAAACAGCUUUCGCAAUCACAAAACGGUUCCACACAAUUUACUUUGUGAUACGACUAUUGUGUAAAUACGACAAGUUUUGAAAUGAACCUUUUUUUUUCGAAGCAUUUU